CCCCUCCCCUCCCCUCACUCCCCUUCCCCUUCCCCACCCCGCCCCGCGGAGAAAACGCGAGCCGUCGCCGCGCUCCCCAAACCGCCGCCUGCCCUCGGCCAACCGCCCCCAACGGCCGCCCGCGCGCGGCUCCCCGGGCCCCCUCGCUCCUCCCCUCAGGCCCCCGCGAGCGCCGCGGGUGCUCCCCUCCCGCCGCUUCGCUCGCUCCCCUCGCAGGCAAGCUGCUGGCUGUUCCGCCAUGCCCCAGCCACAGGCUGUCCACGGGCCUAGGCGCGGCGGCCCGAGAUAGGGUCCCGUCGGCCUCCCGGGGGAGGAGAGAGGCAGCGAGCCGCGCGCUCCGCCCCCUCCCCCCGGGCUGUCGCCGCCGCCGCCGCCGCCGCCGCCACCUCGCCGCCUCAGCCCGGCGGGGGGAGGAGGAGGAGCACCAGGACUCCGGGCCCCGGCACCGCCGCCCGCAGGGUGCACCCCGUCUUUUGCACGCCCAUUUGCCCAGCACCCUAACCCAGAGAAGGAAGGCAGAGGUGUUACCUCCCCUCACCUGGCUGAGCCUCGGAGCCUGAGACCUGACUCUUCCCCCUCCUCUACCUUGCUGCUGUUUUCUUUGGUACUGGAAAGAGAAGGAUGGUAUAGACUAAAACCAAAAACAAAGUAAACAGUUUGAUAGAUGGCAAAUCGUUUGCAUAGAUUCUGAUUCCUCUGGCAAAAAGAAGAUGCUAAAACUAAUCUUGAAAGGACAUUUCUGAUUCAUUUGCAUCCUUGAAGAGCAUCUGUAGAAGAGGAAGGAAAAGAUGGGUGUGAAAACAUUUACUCACAGCUCCUCUUCCCACAGCCAGGAAAUGCUUGGAAAGCUAAAUAUGCUGCGAAAUGAUGGACAUUUUUGUGAUAUCACUAUUCGUGUUCAGGACAAAAUCUUCCGGGCACAUAAAGUGGUACUAGCAGCUUGCAGUGAUUUCUUUCGCACCAAACUUGUAGGCCAAGCAGAGGAUGAGAACAAGAAUGUGUUGGAUUUACAUCAUGUUACAGUGACUGGCUUUAUACCCCUUUUAGAAUAUGCUUACACAGCCACUCUGUCAAUUAACACAGAAAAUAUCAUUGAUGUUCUAGCUGCAGCCAGCUAUAUGCAAAUGUUUAGUGUUGCUAGCACCUGCUCAGAGUUCAUGAAAUCAAGCAUUUUAUGGAAUACACCCAACAGCCAACCAGAAAAGGGUCUAGAUGCUGGACAAGAAAAUAACUCUAACUGCAACUUUACUUCUCGAGAUGGAAGCAUUUCUCCAGUGUCUUCAGAGUGCAGUGUGGUAGAAAGAACCAUUCCUGUCUGCCGAGAAUCCAGGAGGAAGCGCAAAAGCUACAUUGUUAUGUCUCCUGAAAGUCCUGUGAAGAGUAGCACACAAACAAGUUCUCCCCAGGUAUUGAAUUCUUCAGCUUCCUACACAGAAAAUAGAAGUCAACCAGUUGACUCUUCUUUAGCUUUUCCCUGGACUUUUCCUUUUGGGAUAGAUCGACGAAUACAGCCUGAUAAAGUAAAGCAGGCAGAAAAUACUAGGACUUUGGAAUUACCUGGUCCAUCUGAGACAGGUAGAAGAAUGGCUGAUUAUGUGACUUGUGAGAGCACAAAAACUGCUUUGCCUCUGGGUACCGAAGAAGAUGUCCGAGUCAAAGUAGAAAGGUUAAGUGAUGAGGAGGUCCACGAGGAAGUGUCCCAGCCUGUCAGUGCAUCUCAGAGUUCACUGAGUGAUCAGCAGACAGUGCCAGGAAGUGAGCAAGUCCAAGAGGACCUUCUGAUUAGUCCACAGUCUUCCUCUAUAGGUUCAGUAGAUGAAGGCGUCACUGAAGGGUUACCUACACUUCAGAGCACUUCUAGCACUAAUGCUCAUGCAGAUGAUGACGAUCGAUUGGAAAAUGUUCAGUAUCCCUACCAACUCUACAUUGCUCCUUCUACCAGCAGUACAGAGCGACCAAGUCCAAAUGGUCCAGACAGACCUUUUCAGUGUCCAACUUGUGGGGUACGAUUCACCCGUAUUCAGAACCUAAAACAGCACAUGCUCAUCCACUCAGGAAUUAAACCAUUUCAGUGUGACCGCUGUGGGAAAAAGUUCACCAGGGCUUACUCGCUAAAGAUGCAUCGCCUAAAGCAUGAAGGUAAACGCUGUUUCCGGUGCCAGAUUUGUAGUGCCACUUUCACUUCCUUCGGGGAAUAUAAACACCACAUGAGGGUUUCCCGGCACAUUAUCCGCAAGCCUCGGAUUUACGAGUGCAAAACAUGUGGCGCCAUGUUCACCAACUCUGGAAAUUUAAUCGUGCACCUGAGGAGUCUGAACCAUGAAGCGUCAGAGCUAGCAAACUACUUCCAGAGCAGUGAUUUCCUAGUACCGGACUACUUAAACCAGGAGCAAGAAGAGACCCUUGUUCAGUAUGAUCUUGGAGAACACAGUUUUGAAAGCAACUCCUCUGUUCAAAUGCCUGUAAUUUCACAGGUCUCCUCGACCCAGAAUUGUGAAAGCACUUUUCCCUUGGGGUCUCUUGGUGGGCUGGCAGAAAAAGAGGAAGAAGUGCCAGAGCAGCCAAAGACCAGUGCUUGUUCUGAGGCAACCAGGGAUGACCCCCCAAAGCCAGAGUUGUCUUCUAUAACCAUUGAGUGAUUUCAUUGUUUGGCUUCAUUUUUGGUUUUUGGAAAGUGCCUGUGCUUGGUCUUGUACAUUUAAAUUUAAUUUAAUUUUUUAAAGAAAAAGGGUUUGGGAGAGAAUUUCUCUUUUUACUUUGUAAGCUCUGCAACUGAUGAUUUAUUUUUCGUGACUGAGAGAUUGCAUUUGUAAGUGCAUAGUAACAUGAUUUCAAAACAUAAUAGGAACUGUGAGACUCAAAGAGAACCAUUUGACUUAAAACAUUUAUCAGUUUAUUCCUCCAUUGUUAGAAGUAGGCUAACAACAGAUCAUUAGGUAAAGAAGAAUUCAUAUGAUUAUUAAAAAAGGUACACCAGAAACAAGUCACUAAACAGAAUUUGACAGAUGGCCUGAAUGGAUGUUUACUCCUAUACACAGGACAUUAUACAGUAUUUUGUAUAAAGCCUGUUGUUUUUGGAAGUAUUUAUGGUAAGCUUUCUUAAAAACUAUUAGGGUAAAUACUUCUGAAAUCCAACAUGCUUUUUUUUAAGCUUUGACACUUCUGUUACGAUUUUUCAUGGUGAAAAUUUGGAAUUGUGGUAGGCAUUCCCUAUACCUUUGUAGUAUCACUCCUCCAAAUAAUCUUUCUCUAUUCUGUGAAAGAAGGCAAAGACCCAGAUUGAGAAUAGUCAAGCUGUGCAUGAAAUGACAGGAAUGAAGAAUGAAAUAUGUAAAUCCCUGCUUCCUGGGAACUUCUAAUUCUGGUUUUCUCACUAAAAUUGUUGUUUACCUAGUCUUUGAAAAUUAAUUCCAAGUUAAUUAGGUCAUUGCCUAAAUCAGUUUUCCUCUUGCUCCAUCAACAGUACUUUCCCUUGCACAUAUUGGCAUGAUACCAUAUAAAGGAAAAAUAUUGGAAUAUUCUAUGUUUUAUAUAUAGGUUUAUGUAUUGUUGAGGAUGUUUUUUAUUGUGCUGUUUUGGACAAAGUAAAUUAUCUGGUAAGGCUACAUUCUUAACUAAGGUUGUUUACAAAAUCUCAUAUGAGAGUGAUACACUGUUUUUGUUCCAAAAUGUUUUUAGAUAUUGGUAAGUUUAUUAAAAGCAGUUAGUACAGUUUUUACACAAUGUAAAAGAUAAGGAAAGGCUAUAAAAUGAUCUAUGUGAUCUAUGUUUCAUAAAUGGGAAAAAAAGAAUUGUCAAGACUAAAGAAAAACUAAAAACUUUAAUAUCACCUCUUUUGCUGCUAAAAAAGAAGAAAACUUCCUGGUUUAUAGUAAAAAUUUAUGUAAUCCUCUACACAUUAGUGUAAUUUUCAUUUAGUGCCAUUAAUGCAUCACUGAUGAUCCUAAAUAUUCAUGAGUCCAUAACAGUGAACUUUUGAGUAACUUUAUAUAUACAUGUAUAUAUACACAAACAUACUCAAAAAGUCUUAAAAAAUUAUGAAAUCACCUGAUUAGAUUAGAAAAAAUAAAUGAAAUUUAAUUUCUAAUUCAAAACAUAUGAAUUUGGGGUGCUAGGUCUUAAUAAUAAAAUAUAUUUUUAAGUUAUGUGAUUUGUUUUUUUUUUUUAAGUGGGCUAAUUUAGUAAUUGAUUCCCUCUCACCUCCCCACCCAAACAUAAAAGAAGAGAAAGUAAUCUCACUGAAGAUUUUUUUAAGCUAAGGUUCUUUCUCUUCCCAAAUUCUGCUGUCUUUGUUUCCAGCUCCUUAUCUCACUCCAGAACUUGCUUUUCCUCACUGCUCCCAAACAUAGGUGUGUUACAUUCAGGAAAGUCAGCAUAUACAGGCUGUAUGAUGGGUUUCCACCAUUUAUACUUCUUUAUUAACAGGGUUGAGUUACUUUCUGCAACAGACUGUAAUGCUGAUUAGUAACAGUAUGAGUGUCCACCUGGAAAGGUCAGGAAUUUUUACUUUUAAUGUUGUAGAUAUAUUCUCUGAAAACUAUUAUGCCUACUAAUAGAUAAAUCUCAAAGUUAAUUUAAAAUUUUAUAUGGGCAACACAAAGAAUUUGCAAAAUUAUGAUUAUGAUCAGGAAUCAUUGUUGCCCUCAGUUUUAAGAGUUGCGUUUUUUUAAGUAAAUAAGGGGGGAGGGGAGGAAGAAAAGAAGAAAUAUGGUUAAAGAAGUGUAAAAGAAUUGUUUGGGAUUUUAUUGGUUGAAAGUGUUUUAACACAUCCCCUUUCCUGAGAACUCUACAUUAAGGGAGCCCUACACAGUGUUGGCAGCUCCAAGGUAUUCUGUGUACUCAGAAGGUAGGAUUACUACCACUGGCUACUCUUUUCCAAGUGGAAACUUUAUUUUCAUUUGUUAUUACAAAGUGCAUAGAUUUGCAAGUUUUAUGAAAAAUUUGAAUGUACUGUGAAAAUGCAUUCUUGGUUGUUAGUUGUCUCUAUUCCCCAAGUCUUACUAGUACAGACAACUAGUAUAUGACAUAAACGCUGCCUUUUUUCUCUUCCAUUGAGGCUCUUGAUGCACAAUUUAAAGAUAUUUAGUAUAUGGAUCUGUUUUAGGAAACUAAGCUGCAAGGGAUAAUUAUAUGUAGUGUUAUUAGGUUUAUCAAAAAUUUACUUGAGAGGGAUGCCUGAAUGUGUAAUUUUCAUCAGAAUAUAUGGAAAACACUGCAAAGAAAUAAAAGCCAGUUACAUUAUCCCAUCCAUUAGAAAUUACCAAUAUAACUAAAUAUAAAAAAGUUCCCAUUUAAAAUAAUUAAGCAUAGCUGUCUUUCUUAAUACCCAAGAAGGUAACUUUGUGAUAUUUAAAGGGCUUAAAUUUUAGGAUGCAGCAUAAAUCGAGUGUUUUAUAUAAUAAAGUAUUUAUUUUCAGUUGUCUAGCUACCAAAUGGGUGUGAUGUAGUUUGGAAAUGAGCAGAGAUGUUCUCCUGAAACUGGGGUCACAGCUCCUGCAGUCAUGCCUUCUGCUCUAAGGCUGUGAGAGCACUGAGUGUGUCCACGGCUGUUCUAAUUCAACAGCAAAGGGAUACGGUUGGGUUUUACUUUUUUUACCUUUAAGUUUUCUGUAAACAGAUGCAUGUGGAGGUUAUCACCUACAAAUAUAUUUAAAUAGAUUUUUCUUAAUUUGAAUUUCAAGUAAUCUAAAUUUUUAUUUCACUUUGUUAAACGGGUUUACAGUGCCAGUUUUUAAAGUUUCAAUUUCAUUAAGGUAAAGUAUAUUAAAAUGUGAGCAACUUCAUCAGUAUUACAUUUUAACAUUUCAGUAACCAUUCUGGCUUACAGUAAUUUGCUUUCAUGUUACAACACAUGCCCUUAAGUUUUAAAGAACAAAUUAAAAACUUCCAUUUUGUUAAAAUAUUUUACCAAAUUAUAAGGGACUAGUCAGCACAUCUAAUUAAUGUACUUCCUUCUGGUAACUCUGUUACCGUCUAACUGCUGAACCAGAUUCUCCCAGUGUAUAAAUGGUACCCUGGGAGACUUUGGAAGCUGUGUUGAACUGUUUCAGUCAUUUAUCUCAUUAUUUUAUUCUCUUGCCUUAAUCAAAAGUAGAGAGAUUAUCUAGGUUAGUAGCUUUUUAUUUUGAAGAGUCACAGAUCAUGUUUUAGUCUCCGUUAGCUUUGUAGUCCCUGAAAAAUGCAUUAUUGUAUAAUGUAAUGACAGUUAUGUAUGAGUAUACCACUUAGAAUUCUUAUUGCUCGAUGAAUAACAGUCCUAAAAUUGUGAUAUUUUAACUGAGAGAAGUUUGAGAUUUGAGGAAUUGGCAAUGAAGAGAAUUAAAAACUUUAAUGUGGCACUUGCCCUGUUUUCACUCAUUUACGAAUUGUGAAAUUGUAAGUCUAAAGUGUAUAUCCAAGUGAGGGAAAAUAGUUUUCUAGAUACUAAUAUUAAUUGAGGGGGAAAAAACUAGUAAAAUCUGCAUUUAGAAGUUGCUCAAAAGUAAUGUGGUUUUCACCAUAAGUUAUUGACGUAAGAUGCUUUAUUUAUAAUAUAUUUAGAUUUUUAAAGUAACUGAGAGAAGAAUGUAUAGAAACUAGAUUUUCUUUUCUGAAAUUAACAAAAUUGCAGGGGAGGCUAUAAUGGUAAACAUGUCUAUGAGGAAUAGUUGUAGCUAAGCAUACUUCUACAGGCUUUUAGCUAAAAUGUUCAAAAUUUAAAUUUAUUCCUUAUUUUGUUUAUCCCUAUUUUUAUCUUUGUUUCAUUUUUUUCUUGAUAGAAUAUGGUGACAUAGGGUAUUAUUUUUAUUUGGGAAGUCCUCAGCAAGACAACUAAGGAACAGACACUCUGUGGAUAUACCAUUUUUAGAUUAUGAAUAUGUUGAGAUUUAUUAAUGGGGAGUUCAGCCAAUGUCAAAUUAUAGGAUGAAGAUUCUUAGUGUGACAUCAUAAUUAUACAUUUUUUCCCAUAAUACUAAACUAAUACAGUUAGAUAUUUCCACUACAUUGUAGUGAUUAUAUUUUUAUGAUAGAAGAAAAUAGUUGCUUGUCUUUACAAGUAGUCUCUGUAGAGACGUCAGGUGAUGCUUUUGGAAUCUCAGUUGUGCAGUGUCUGAACAGUGAGACUGCCUUAAAGCGUGUGUUAAGUGAGCUCCCUCUGUAUCAGACCCAGGCCAGUUCCAACUGAUACCAAGGUUCUUGUGUACAUAAUAGUUCACAAAGAUUUUAAGAAUUCAGACCAUUGAUCGAAAAAAACUUUUUUUUUACAAUUUUUUAUUAAGGUAUUAUUAUACGCUCUUACGAAGGUUUCACAUGAAAAACAAUGUGGCCACCACAUUCACCCAUAUUAUCAAGCCCUCCGCAUACCCCGUUGCAGUCACAUCAGUGUAGUUAAGAUGGCACAGAGACACUUCUUGUCUUCUUUGUGCUACAUUUUGCCUUCCCCGUGAUCCCCCACACCAUGUGUACAUUAUAAUAAUAAUACCCCUCAAUCCCCUUCUCCCUCCCUCCCCACCUGCCCUCCCA